AUUGGACCGGAUGGAUUCUAAGAGUUGAUCAAAGGCGAGGAGGAGAACAAUGGUGGUGGUUAAAGAAGAGACGCGAAGGGGUCCGUGGAGCGAGCAUGAAGACCGACAAUUGCUAAGUUUUGUUCGAAUGUUGGGUGACCGACGAUGGGAUCUCAUAGCCAAAGUAUCAGGUUUGAGGGUUGGGGAGGCUAUCUAGAUAUAGGCCUCAAUAGAACCGGCAAGAGUUGUCGUUUGCGUUGGGUUAACUACCUCAACCCCGACCUCAAGCGUGGGCGAUUGACUCCGCAAGAGAAGCUCCUUGUUCUUCAACUCCACUCCCUCUUGGGCAAUAGGUGGUCGAAAAUUGCACGUAAACUUCCGGGGCGAACAGACAAUGAGAUCAAGAACUAUUGGAGAGCCCACAUGAGAAAGAUAUCGAAGGAGUGUAAACGAGGUUCUUCGUUGGGCACCUCGCUAGUUUGUGAUUCCCUUUCCUUAAUAAGCGAGACUCCACCACAAUCAAUUAGCAGCUUAGCCGAAGAGAAUGGUAUGGAUGGAGUAAAAUGUUACUCCAUGGAUCUGAUAUGGGAUGAGAUUGAAUCAUCCGCAGGCGGUUUCGGGAGAGGAAUGGAUGGGGCGUGUGAUAUCUCAUGCUCCCUAGUGCCAUCUUUGUCGAAGGAUGUCUCCGAACCGCAAUGGAAGAUCGAUGAGGAUGAAUUAAGGAUGUCAUUACUCGAUGAUGCACGUAGUUUCUUCAGCAACUUUCACAAUGAUACAGAGGCUUGGUUCUUCAACCAAACUUAGGAUGUAAUGCUUGAGAAAGUCUGUCCAAAUUGUGAGUCGAAUUUGUAUGCAUAAAAGUUUGAUGAAUAUGGCAUUCUUGCUAAAGAUUUAGAUUGAA